UCCUUUCCUGGUCUCCCUCUCGACCCACCCUCUCCCUCUCUCUCAAGCCAACUCCAUCGAUCGAUCAGCAACAUUUUGUAGCAACACGCUGAACGAGCUAAACCUGGCGCCUAGCUAGUGAUCAAGCUUGCGCGCGACCGAUGGUGCUUCCAACCAUCCUCCCCAAGAUAGCGGCGCACUGGCUCUUCACCUUCUACCGCGCGGCACGUAAGCUCCGCGGCCAUGCUUUCCAGUACUGCCGCAGCUCCGCCGCCGCCAAGCCACCGCCCUCCGUCUCGCAGGCCGCGGCGUCCAAGUGCGCCGUCAUCGUCCCGGACGCCGCAGACAAGGCCGUGGUAUUCGGCUUCGACGGCGUGCUCAUGAGGCCGGACACGCUCUUCCCUUACUUCAUGCUCGUCGCCUGCGAGGGUGGCAGCCUGCUGCGCGGGCUGCUCCUGCUCUGCGCCUUCCCACUCGUCUGGGCCCUGGGCGAGCGCUCCGACGCCGGCAUCAGGGUCAUGGCGCUCCUUACCUUCUUCGGGCUGAGGCCCCGUGACAUGGACCUCGUGGCCCGCGCCGUCCUGCCCAAGUUCUACAUGGAGGGGCUCAACGCGCAGGUGUACAGCCGCCUCUGGCUGCCGGCGAGGAAGAAGGUGGUGGUGACGAGCGCGCCGAGGGUGAUGGUGGAGUGGUUCUUGAAGGAGUACAUGGCCGCCGACGUGGUGGUCGGCUGCGAGCUGCAGGUUGUUAGGGUUGGCCGCGGCUGCUACUUCACCGGACUGUUGUGUGGGACAGGAGGAUCAGCGCCGGGGCUGAAGGACGAGGCCCUGACAGAGGCGUUCGGAACGGACAACGCCAUGGCUGACGUGGCCGUCGCCGGGAGCUCCAGCCAACUCGACCACCACUGCUUCUCGUACUGCAAGGAAGUUUACGUGGUGAACAGAGACAGCAGCCACAGCAAGAACGCCCGGCUGCCGCGAGACAGGUACCCGAAGCCGCUCAUCUUCCACGACGGCCGCCUCGCAUUCCUCCCGACCCCCUCCGCCGGGCUCGCUUUCUUCCUCUUCCUCCCGCUCGGCGUCACCCUCUCCGUCAUCCGCAUCUCCAUCGGCAUCGUGGUUCCCUACAAGAUCAGCUUCAGUGCCGGCGCCCUCUUCGGCGUCCGUUUCCGCACGUCCGGCCUCCGCGCCCCGGAACCCGGCGUCAAGCGCAGGGGCGUCCUGUACGUGUGCACGCACCGGACGCUGGUCGACCCCAUCAUGCUCACCGCCGCGCUGCAGAAGCCCGUGCCCGCCGUGACGUACAGCCUCAGCCGGCUGUCCGAGAUCAUCGCGCCCAUCAGCACGGUGCGGCUGACGCGCGACCGGGCGCGCGACGCCGAGACGAUGUCGCGGCUGCUGGAGCACGGCGACCUGGCGGUCUGCCCCGAGGGCACCACCUGCCGCGAGCCGUACCUGCUGCGGUUCAGCCCGCUGUUCGCGGAGCUGGCCGACGACAUGGAGCCCGUGGCGCUGGACGCGCAGGUGACGGCGCUGUACGGCACGACGGCGAGCGGCCACAAGUGGCUGGACCCCGUGGUGUUCUUCGCCAACCCGCAGCCCGCGUACCGGGUGGAGUUCCUGGGCGCCGUGCCGCGCGAGUGGACCCGCGCCGGGGGCAGGCCCGGCGCCGAGGUGGCCAACUGGGUGCAGCGGCGGCUCGGCGAGGCGCUCGGGUACGAGUGCACCGGGCUGACCCGCCGCGACAAGUACAUGAUGCUCGCCGGCAACGACGGUGUGGUCGCCAAGUAGGGUGGGCGCGCGCUGCACCCGCUCCUGUCGUUUACGCAUACUUGCAUGCCCUGUAACCAAAUUGCCAAAAUUAGUUACUGUAAUAUGCGUCGAAGUAAACGAGUGUCUUUCGUUUUUCCCUUUGCCCAUGUGUAAAGAAAA